AUGCUUAAGGAAGAUUAUGGUUACCCAGAUACUCUUGACUUUAGUGACAGAUAUAAAGAAGCUAUUAAAAAGUUCAAGGAAGGAAAUACUGACCCGAACCUAUUUAGCUUUAUGGUUCAGCACCAAAUGGGAUAUAAUUUCAAACCUGGAAAAUACAAGCUCGCUAAGGGAUAUGAUUUAAUAGCACAUCAUCCAAAUGACAUGGAUGAAUUUACUCCGAGAUAUUUGAUGUCAGAGCUAAAUGAUAAUUCAACUCUCUUCAUGAAACGCGUAAAAAAUAGAGACGGAACGAAAGAAGAAAGGUUUAUGAGUCCGGAUGACUUAGAUAGGGAACUUUUUAAAAACGGUCUCGGAAUAUAUGAAAUGCCAGCAGAUGAGGUACAAGAAACUCAACAGGAAGAAGUUCAGAUACAACCAGACAUGGAAGAAAUAGUUCAGCAACAACAGCUAGAAGAGCCUGAAGGAAACAAACAAGUCCCUCCUUUGGAAACUAACUUCACAGAACUAGAUGAAGAUUUGGAACAGCCGAAAAAUCUUGACCCUCAACAAGAGUAUGAGGUGAAUAUGGAAUCUUUCCAAGAGUCUAAGAAAAAUUCGGCUGACAUAGUAGAAGAAUAUCGAAAAAUGUUCACCGACAUACAAAAGACUCCAACAUCAGAUGAAAAUAUUCAGCAUAGAAUGGAAGUACUGAAAGAAAAUGUACGCAAAUACAAUAAUCCUUUUUACUUACGACCAUAUAACGUUCAAUCUUUGGCUGAACUCGGUGAAAAUAAAAGGUUAAAUUUCAACAAAACAUAUAGAAAUGAAACAUUGUUUAAAGUUCAUUCAGAACCUAGCCAAUAUGGAAACAAACCUACUUUUGUUUCUGCAGACUAUGGAACUA